AUGCUGGCUGGCCUAUCCUUUGGCAAAUCGAAAGAUAGAGAGGAGAAAGAUGAUAAGGAUGAAAAGGUGAAGAGCAAGAAGGACAAGAAGAAAGAAAAGCGAAAAGAACAAAAGAAGGAGCAAAAGAAGCGCACCCGGACGGGAGCGGACAAGGACGAAGACGCGGAAGACCCGGAGCCGAAAGACGCGGAGCAAGACAGGGAGCUCGCAGCAGCCGAGGUAGAUUUCUUCGGUUCUAUGGGCAGAGAGCGCUUGAAGGAGGACAAGCUGAAGCCAGAUCCUGAAAAAGCGAAGGUCAGUGAAAAGGAGUACAAUCCGUUCCUUCGUGGGGAAGAAUCUAACCUUCCCGUUCCGGAGUCGGCAAGCGCCAGCUCCAUUCCAAAGCAUUUGUGUGUGGGUACUCCUUGGGCGGGGAAGAACGACUGGAGAAAGCACAUGCAGAAUCGCAAGGAUCCCAACAACGACAGAGACCAGGGGGGCGAGGCGCCAGACCGUCGAGAGAAGGAGGACAAAGCUCGAACGGGUGUGACCGGAGGCCGUGCGAGCAACGUCCCGGGCGGCCCAAGUGGCGGUGGCUGGCGGGCAAAGAAAGCUGCAGUCGUGAGGCGCUCGCGCAGCCGAAGCCAAAGCCGACGCCGCAGCCGCAGCCGGAGCUCGGGCCGUCGCAAUUCUCGACGGCAGCGCCACCGAUCUCGAUCGAGGUCGUCCGGCAGUUCGUCUUCAGCGAAGGAGGCUGAGCGUCGGAAGGAGCAGGUUGCGAAAGCGGUGCUUAGUCGAGUGAAGGCUGCCGAGGCCCAGGUGGAAGCCGAAGGCGAUGGCGAUGCAGACGAGGUCAUCCGCAAGUUGCAGUCCAAGUACAGCAAAGCUGCUGGCAAGCAAGAAGGUGUUGGGCUGGCAGCCUCCGCAGAGGACGUUGAAGAUGACAUCGACCCCAACAAGCUGGGUGCUCUUGCCAUGGAAGCCAUGUUGAGUGGCGACAUGGCUCGCUACGAGGAGCUGAACCGACGCCUCGAAAAGCACCAGGCAACGGCCGGUGAGAAGCCUAAGGCUUUCACUUUGCCUCCUCCAGAGCCUGCCGAGAAUGUCAAGGUUCUCGAGCAGGUGGAUGCAGCAGGGAGGAGCAAAAAACUGGUUGAGUCAGUCCAGUCUGCAUCGGUCCACACCAAGGGGAGAAACAAAAGAGGCACUGCCAAUGCGGUUCCAGGUGGCAAGGACAAGAAGGGCUCGCAAGGCUACUACGAGGAUGACGAUGUCUCCCUGCAAGAACUGAUCCGCCGCGAGCGCAUCGAAGGAGUCCAGGACUAUGAUGCCAAUCUAGAGAAGCACAUCUUGAAGAGGGGCGACCGCUUCAAGAUGUUGGAAGAUGACGAAGACGAGGCAUAUGCUCUUGGCUGGUAUGAGAAUGCCGACAAGAAGAUGGACUCCAGGAAGGGUGCGGAGAAGCGACUCAAGCAAGAGAAAAACGACAAGAACCGGAUCCAGGUCAAUUUGGAAAGAUGCACUCUUUGCAUGGAGAGUAAAAAGUUUUUCCGCAAAAAUGCGGUGAUGUCGGUGUCGCCUCAUGCGUACCUUUGUGUCGAGGCGGAAGGCCGGUGCAUUGUUCCUGGCCAGGUGCUAAUCGUGCCGCAAGAGCACGUCAUGGCCAUGACGGAUGCGGACGAGGCUGCAUGGGCAGACAUUCGUAAUUACCAGAAGUGCCUCAUCUCCUUCUACGAGUCAGAGCAACCUCCUCGUGCUGUUCUCUUCGUGGAGUCUUCGGUGCACCGUGUUUCGAGGGACAAGGCUCUGCUGGGGGCAGGCCCCCAUGCCAGUAUUGUCGCAUAUCCGAUCGAGAUGGGUCUUCUGGUCCAAGCACGCACCUACUGGAAGAAGGCCCUGGAUGAAGCGGAGAGUGAGUUUGAGACCACCCACAAGAAGGUUAUUGAGACCGAUUCGAAGGGUGGUGUGCGAAGCGCUGUUCCGAAGGGCUUUCCGUACAUCCACGUGGAUUUUAGUCUUGGAGGUGGUUUCGCCCAUGUGAUUGACAAUGUGGCUGAGUUUCCGCGGGAUUUCGCGCAAGAUGUCAUUGCAGGAAUGUGUGAGAUGACCAUCCUUGACCGUGCUUACACUUGCAAGGAGGAGUACAGAGAUGCUUGCAGGGACAUCAAGGAACGCUUUGCAGCGGACUUUGACUGGACCAAGGCGCUUCAAGCUUGA